UCCUGAAUGACGUGCCGGCCUAUAAAAGACUUCAGAUCUAUGAAAGCUGCAGUUUCCCCAAUCAGAAAGCUGAAGGUGGAUGCUGAGGAAUCCAUUGCUGAUUCUCAGAAUGAACAUGUACGUGGGUCUGCUGGCCGUGGGCAUUACUCUGUGCCUGCAGUGCCAGGUUGAUGCAGAAUCAAUCAGCAAAAGUUUAAUUGUGAAGGCUGUGGCUGAAGCCAAGGCAAAUGUGGAUGCAGCUUAUACAUACUCCAGGCGAAUGAGCAUAGACCGAGUGAAGAGGAGUGGAGCAAGCCCUGGUAGCGUCAUUCCGUUGUUGAAGCAGCCCUCUGGCCUGUCCCGGGAGGCUGUGCGAGCUGCUGACUACAUGCAAAACACACUGAGUCUGCUCAGAGGGGCCCUGGAGAAACGUCAAAAGCGUUCCAUAAAUGCCACAGAUCUGAUCACUGUGGAGGAUCUCAACGUAAUUGCAAAACUCACAGGAUGUGCCACACAAAUUAGACCACCUUCAUGCAAAGAUAUCCCCAAAAGUUUUCGAACAGCAGCCAGCUCUUGCAACAACCUUAAAAAUCCACGCUGGGGAUCUUCAAACAUUCCUUUCCUGCGUUGGCUGCCUGCUGAGUAUGAAGAUGACCUGACUAGUCCUAAAGGCUGGACCUCUGACCUGAGAGUGAACUACCACCUUCUUCCUCUGGUAAGAGAAGUGUCCAACCGGAUCCUGGCAACAACUAACGAGGACGUGGAGAGUGACCCUCUCUACAGUCAUCUGGUGACGAUCUUCGGCCAGUGGACAGACCACGACUUGACACUCACCCCCAAUUCUCCUUCCAUUGUCUCCUUUAAUAACAACAUCAACUGUGAAACUAGCUGUGCUCGUACUGAACCAUGCUUCCCUAUUGAGAUUCCCAGCAACGAUGAACGCUUCCAAGAAGAUCCAAAGGAAUGCCUGCCAUUCUCCCGCUCUGCACCAGCCUGUGGCUCCGGGAAUACGGGACACAUCUUUGGUGCCAGCACUCUGCGUCACCAGAUGAACACUCUCACGUCCUUCAUUGAUGCUGGUCAGGUGUAUGGUUCUGAUGAGGCAAAGGCUCAGAAGCUUAGAGAUCUUUCUACAAAUGAGGGCUUGAUGAAGGUCAACCCAGAGUUUGAUGACAAUGGCCGGGCCCUCCUGCCUUUCACUGGCAGUAAUGCCAGCAUUUGCAAUACAAGAGCCCGCAUAACCAAAGAUCCCAAUGCUAGAGAGUUGGAUUGUUUCCUUGCAGGGGAUGUUCGUUCAAAUGAGAACAUUGGACUUGCUUCCCUGCACACUCUCAUGGUGAGAGAACACAACCGUUUGGCACGUGCCCUCGCUAAUCUGAACCCUAAUUGGGAUGGAAACAGGCUUUAUCAAGAGGCACGCAAAAUCAUGGGGGGAUACAUGCAGGUGAUCACAUACAGAGAUUACCUCAGGCACAUCCUUGGCCCUGAAGUCAUGUCCAAGCAACUGUCUACCUAUCCUGGCUAUGAUGAAAAUGUGGAUCCCAGCAUUGCCAACGUGUUUGCCACAGCUGCAUACAGAUUUGCUCAUUUGAUGGUCCAACCAUUUAUGUUUCGUCUUAACGAGAAUUAUGAGAAUCACGCUGACUACCCCACCGAGCUGCUGCACAGAACUAUGUUUACUCCAUGGAGAAUUGCUUUUGAAGGAGGUUUGGAUCCAAUCCUGAGGGGCCUUGUGGGUCGCCCGGCCAAACUGAACACACAGGAUCACAUGCUGACUGAAGAGCUGAGGAAUAGACUCUUUAAGUUCUCUGUGGAUCUGGCUAUGGAUCUGGGAUCUCUGAACAUGCAAAGAGGCAGAGACCAUGGACUUCCUGGCUACAACAAGUGGCGCGGUUUCUGUGGACUCUCACAACCGCAAAAUUUGGAAGAGCUGGCUACAGUGCUAAACAACACGAAUCUUGCCCAGAAACUGAUGGAUCUUUAUGGCACAGCCGACAACAUUGAUGUAUGGCUGGGAGGAGUGGCUGAGCCAUUUGUUGCCGGGGGAAGAGUGGGGCCUCUGUUUGCCUGCCUGAUUUCCACUCAAUUCAAGAGGAUCCGCCAAGGAGACCGUUUUUGGUGGGAGAAUGACGGUGUCUUCACUGGUGCUCAGAGAAGGUCCCUGAGAGAUGCAUCACUUGCCAGGAUCAUUUGUGACAACACUGGCAUCACAGAAGUACCCAACCAACCCUUCCAGUACCGUCCUCGGGGUUCUGGGUACUCUCAGUGCAAAGACCUCCCUGCCUUUGACCUCAAGCCAUGGGCGGAGAAUUAUAAUGAGCCAACCAGGGCAACAGAACCACAAGGACCCCAAGGGCCCCAAGGACCACCAGGACCUCAAGGCCCACCCGGACCUCCAGGCCCACCUGGACCCCCAGGCACAGUGGAGAAGGUUGCAUUCUCUGUUCGUCUCGGCAGCAACUUCCCCAAAGCUGGCGCCCCCAUUUCCUUCCGUGAUGUCAUCUACAACGGGCAGAAGAGCUAUAACACCAAAACAGGCAUUUUCACCUGCGUGCACCCAGGAGUUUAUGAGUUCCAGUUCCACUGCACAAUAUCUGACACGGCAGCUAGUGUGGAUCUGCUGCAGAAUGGAGAGCUGAUUCUGCAUUCAUACACCACCCAGCAAAAUGGCUACGUCUCAGCCAGUGGAAGCACUUUCAUCAAACUCCAGCGGGGAGACAAGGUGUGGCUGGUUGCAAACAAUGGUGGCAACGGUCUCACAAGUGACAGCUACUUCUCUGGACAUCUGCUGUUUGCUGAGUGAAAGCGCUGCAACAACUGUUCCCUACAUAAACCCUGACGUGGGUCUAAAUUAAUGUAAAUUAAUGCCCACUUAAAAGUCUACUUGUCUUAUUGUCCCCAACAUUACUGAGAAUAAUAUUUUGAAAUGAUCAUCCUUAAUGGUCUUACUGGUUGACUGUAUUCCUGGCUUUAUUUGAAGUCAUAAAUAUUCAAUACUCAAAACUAUCUAAAAGAGUGUAUUAUAUUUACAAUUGAUAACGAAGAAACAUGAUACAUUUUUGAAGUUUACUAAUAUUUUAGUUUUCCGAAAGAUGAUUGUAUUACACCAGUUGUCAGACAAAUUAAUGUAUAUAAGUUAGAGAUCCAAUUGUUAGCUAAAUGUGACGAACACACACGUUUGUGAUGAGUGUAACACAAAAUUGUUACACCAUUUUGUUUUAUUGAAAUAAAUGACUGCUGAAAUAAA